AUGACCGACAAGCCGGGGCUGGAUGCAAUUCAGCCCAUAGCCGAACUGGAGGCUCCGGACAACAACCCGGAGGUGUCCGGGCAGGUAGCUACAGGCGUCUUGGAGGAGCCGAUAUCUCCCCUGAGUGCAGCAGAAAAAUUCAAGAAGGACGGCAACCGUUGCUUCUACAACUAUAGAUACGUGGAUGCCAUACGCUGCUACAGCAAGGCCAUCGACAUGUGCCCCAAGGAGCACACCACGGAGUUGGCCAUUUACUAUCACAACCGCGCAGCCUGUCACGAGAUGAUCGAGAACUGGAUUCAAGUUAAGGAAGAUUGCGCCAAGGCACUGGAGUACAAUCGUCGCUAUAUUGGACGUUGA